CACGCGCAGGAGCUCGCAGCCUACGUGCGCGAGCACGCGAUCCCUGUGCCAAUUGCUACCCUCACAUGCGGUGAGGUGCACCGCGGCAAGUCGGUCUGGGCGUCGCGGAUCGCCGAGGAGUCCAACAUCGUGUCGUUCAAGGUGGGCCUGAGGCAGGUCAUGCGAGAUCCUGGGUUGGACGGAGUGUCGCACGACCCGGAUGGCUCCUCGCCGAAGACCAUCUUGAGCGUUUUCGGCCAGAACACUUUCAUGCGCGCCGUGAAGGAGGUCGUGCACGGCGUCUUCACGGCCGCGGAGCAGCUGAUCGGUGAGCCCGACAUCAAGGGCGUCGUGGCCUUGAUCAAUUGCUCCAAGGGCUGCCACCGCAGCAACGCGUUGGGGAGGGCCACCAAGGAGUGCUUGAACUACGUGCACAACGGCGACGGCAGCAGGGUGUUCAACGUGAAGUGCUUCCACAUGUUCAACCUCAAGGCCUCCGAGCACCAGAGGGUCACCGCGCAGGCGAAGCAGUGGGCCACGAGGCCGUGGGCCACGAUCGCCGAGCCUCUCGAUCGCGGCUACGCGUUCGACGCGGCGUCGCAGAGGAUCGAGAGCCAGCAGAACUACGACGAGAUGUGGUCGACGAUGGCGGGCAUCAACAGGAACCAGGAGACGGAGACCGGCAACUGGGCGCUGCUGGCUGGCACCCCGCCUGCGCGCGCCACCGACCUCGGCGACGCGGUUGCCAAGACUGGGCCGACGCCGCCAACCACGGCGCCGCCAGCCUACCUCAACGGCGGCGCAGCGGCUGCUGCGGCCACAUCGGCUGCCACGCCGAAGGACGCCGUGACGAGCGCCUUGCAGGCCGUGGCGCUGGCGCUGCAGGCCCAGCAGACGGCGCCGCCACCCGCGGUGCCCGCGGCGCCGCCGCCGAUCUCGGUGCCGAAGAUGGUGCAGCCGACGGCCUCGCCCCUCAUGACGGCGCCGCAGGCGGCGGCG